GUGAGGUUGGCACAGUGGAGCAUUUCUGGCUUGUGCCCAUACAGUUGUUUCAGGUACAGUUAACUGAGAAGGAAAGCAUGGAGCCAACUUGGUUUAUGUGAAAUGAUAGUUAAGUUUCAUGUACCUGUUGGACAUCUGUAUGGAUCUGUCUGGAAAUCAGGGAAAAAUGCAAUUUCCGUUGUGAGCUACCUCCACAGAAUUUUAUGGUACAGCCUCACUGACAGUGCCACUGAUGCCAAUGUGGAAUAAAGUAUCCGGAGUCCAUCUUUCACCAGCUUCUCCUGAGCUUGCUUUGGACCAUGACCACUCAUCUCCUGCAGUGGGAUGCCUUCCUCCUGAUGCCAUUGUCUCCUCCCCAGAGAACGUGCAUACCGACAACGGUAUUGUGAGCCAUGCUGCUCCGAAAGCACAGGUUCAGCAGUCAACAGGCACUCAUCUAGAUAUCCUGCUUUUUCCUUUGGGUUUAUCGGAUGAAACAAGUGAUGGGACAGUUGCUCUUGUGGAUGAUUCUGAGGAUCCUGCAGGCAAUGUAUCAAACAUCCAGCUUCAGCAAAAAGUUUCAGAUCUGGAGAUGAAACUCAAAAUGUCUGAAGAAGAAAAACAAAGGAUUAAAAAGGAUGUAGAAUCAUUGAUGGAAAAGCACAGUAUCUUAGAAAAAGACUUUCUAAAAGAAAAAGAGCAAGAAACCAUUUCCUUUCAAGAUAGAUACAAAGAACUGCAGGAAAAACAUAAACAAGAAUUGGAGGACAUGAGGAAAAUGGGCCAUGAAGCACUUGGUAUUAUCGUGGAUGAAUAUAAGGCACUACUGCAGUCUUCAGUGAAGCAACAAGUAGAAGCUAUUGAAAAACAGUACAUGUCUGCAAUUGAGAAGCAAGCACAGAAGUGUGAGGAGCUGCUGAACGCUCAGCAUCAGAGGCUCCUUGAAAUGCUAGAUACAGAGAAGGAACUGUUAAAAGAAAAAAUAAAUGAAGCCUUGAAUCAGCAAUCUCAAGAACAGAAGGAAAUAUUGGGAAAAUGUUUGGAAGAAGAAAGGCAAAAAAAUAAGGAAGCAUUAGAAUCUGCCGCAAAGCUAGAACAAGAAGCAAUGAAAGAGGUAGUUAUGAAAGCCAUAGAAGAAGAAAGAAAGAAUUUGGAAAAGGCUCAUGCAGAAGAAAGGGAAUUAUGGAAAACAGAACAUGCAAAAGAUCAAGAAAAGGUAUCUCAGGCCAUUGAAACAGCUAUACAAGAACAGAGGAAAAUAAGUCAGGAAACUGUUAAGGCAGCAGUAAUAGAGGAGCAGAAGCGAAGUGAGAAGGCUGUGGAGGAGGCAGUGAGAAGAACAAGAGAUGAGCUGAUUGAGUAUAUAAAAGAACAGAAAAGGCUUGAUCAAGUCAUCAGACAGAGAAGCCUGUUCAGUUUGGAGCUGUUCCUUUCCUGUGCACAGAAACAGCUAAGUGCUUUGAUAGCUACGGAACCAAUUGACCCUGAAUAAAGAGAACAUGACAGGCUGACCCAGAGCUGGUGUUCCAUCAAUCAUUAGACCUCUAAGAUACACUGUGCGAACCAUGAAGACGCCCCCACACUUUAGAUAAUUUAUUUCCAGUUCAAGGAUAAGCCAAAACAGUGUGUAGCACUGUCAGUGGAUUUAUUUUAUUUUCUACUUUGCAUUUACUUUUAUUUUAAUAAUAUCAUAGCAUCAAUAGAAUAUAAUAGGACCUAAAAGCCAUAAAAAAUGCACACUAUCAAAAGUCAAUUAUGUAAAUUUUAUUGUCUCUGGUGAUCUGUUAUAUAUGGUGAUCUUUAUUCUGUUGGCAAAAAGAAUAAAGA